AUGGCAAAGCAUCUAAUUCAAAUAGCUAUUCUCGGUUCCCAAGUCAUCGGUCGAGCGUUUACUCGUGCUCUCCGUCAGGAACUUCAACAUGCAAAAACUGCAACACAAAGUGGAAAAACAACAACACAAACCGUUCAAGCUGACCGUGUCACUGGAAUGAGUCUUCAAGAAGCAAAACAAAUUCUCAAUAUCGCCGAUACUGAUCUGACUGAUGCCGAAAAGAUUCAAAAGCACUAUGAACAUUUGUUUAGUUUGAAUGAUAAAACUAAAGGUGGUUCAUUCUAUCUUCAGUCGAAAAUCUAUCGAGCCAAAGAACGAUUCGAUCAGGAAAUCCGGCGUUCGUCCUCCGCACCAAAGUCAAAUCAAUACAAGCAGAAAGAAGAUCCCAGUGACGCAACAACGAUGAAUUAA